CAAGAAUACCAAAAUCAUGUAAUGAGCAAGUGUUCGUUUAUUAGACAGCUUAAUAUCAGGUCAGUUUGUGCUUUCAGAAUCGGCGAAUCUGCCACUGUCGUUCCAUCACAUCUGGUGCGGAGGACCUGAACCAGGAAGUUGGUCACCAGAUAACACGGUCACCAGUUAAACCGUAACACCGGCGAGUUCAAAGAGUGUCGUAACUCUCAAUAUAUGGCACUGGUUCCAAACAAACCCCGAGCUGUCAGAAAAGUGAAACCUUUCGAAGAACAAACGUUUUUUAAUGACUUAGACAACAGGACAAGGCCAUAAAGUAAAUAAAUUAGUUUUCAGUUUGCAUAAUAAAAUGAUAAAAAUAAAACUUGGGAAAAGGAAAAUUGACAAACUGAUUGAUAUCAGUAUUCCUGCUGCUGCUCCUGAAUAAAGAAUAAAACAUGACAGUAAAAGCUAAAUUAGUUACAGAACAUAAAUAUAUAAGAGUUGUAAGGGUGAAGCAUGAACUAAUAAUAAUGUUACCAAGCAAGUGACCAUAUGUGUGGACAAGUAAUGCAAGAAUAAAGAGAAGAUAAUAGUGAUAGUGACUGAAGACACUAUCACUAUUUUUUUUUGUACACAUCUCACUGGUGAGUUGUGCUAUUUUUACAAUUGGUCUGUUGGCAACCUCAUUCAGUCCUUUGGGCUUACCUGGUGCCCAUGGGCACCACACUGGUGACCCCUGCUUUAAACAGUGUUCUAAGCAGGGUCAUUUUUAAAGUUUUGUACUGGUCAGUCUUUUAGAAACAAAAUGGUUAACAUUGUGCAUUGGGCUGUACUGGAGACAGUAAUUGUUUAAUGUCAUUAACAAAUAUGCAUGUUCUGUUUACUCUUUGUCUCCUAAGAUAUGUGAAGACUGGGUUGCCACAUGUACUGCCUUGAAUAUUCCACUCUCCAAAAGUGACCACCCAGCAAUGAGGAAGUUUCUUUUUGAAAAUGUAACGAAUGGAGGAGCCAUUCCUGGAUUUCACCAGCUGCAAGAAAAAUACCUAGGCAAUGUUUACCUGAAAGAAAAGGAGGCACUCAGAAAACGUUUAGCCAAAAAGCCUGUUGCAGUCAUAUUUGAUGAGACUCCAGAUGUAGAGGGGAGAUGUGUUCUAAACAUUCUCAUUGCACCCUUGGAAAAGGAUGAAUCUGGGAGAAUACUGGCCUACUUGGCAGACACCGUCUUCCUAGAGCAGUGCAACCACUCAACUGUCUCAGUGUCUGUGGUCAAGUGUCUGCAGGAAUAUGACAUAGCAAAUGAGGAUGUCAUUGUUUUUGACACCGACAAUGCAGCCUACAUGAAGAAAGCAUAUACAGCUGCUUUGCAGUCUUUAUUCCCAAACUCACUGCACGUUACGUGCAUGGCCCACAUAAUGAACCUUAUCGGUGAUGCCUUCCGCAGACCUUUUGACCAGCUAAAUGCAUUCAUGCUCAGCUUUUCGCAGAUGUUUUACCAUGCUGGCUCUCGGAAAAGAAGAUACCUCCAGUUCAUGUCAGGAAAACAUUCUACCAGACAAAAGGCAACCAUGGCUCCAAAUCCCUGUGCUACACGGUGGAACUCCUGGUUCAGUGCGGUGCAAUACCACUCAGAGCACUUUAAACUCUACAAGGAGUUCAUAGAGAUGGAAAUAAAGGUGAGUGGCAGCAGUGCACCGCAGUCUGUGGAGAGACUCCAUGAGAUGCUACAGAAUGAAGACAUGGCUCAGUGUCUCCAGGUUCAGCUCAGCAUCAUGGCAGAUAAGUGUGAACGUAUUCUACAGCUACUUGACAUCUUUCAGAGCAGGAAACCUAUAACCACCAAGGUUUUUGACUACUUCGAGGAUCUACAGAUGAACUUUACUGCAAACAAGGAGUUACAGUAUGAAUCCUGUGCUGAGCACUUUGAAGGGCUUGAUGUCCAUCAUGCCACCAAAACACACAUCCUCAACUUAGUGCAUCUAGCGUACAGCAAUGCAGAGGAAAAACUCACGAAGUACAUGUCAGAGGGACAACCUGCCAUCAACUUCCUUCGAGAAGUCAGAGUGUUUGACCCUCGUUACAUUUCAUUCAUGGAGGACAGUGUUUCUGGCUACACACACAUCCCAGGCUUCAGUGCUGUCCCCAAUGAUGAGUUUGAUGCCUACUUCCAACGCCUGGGUCCAGCAGCACUCAAAGCGUCAGCAUGUGGAGUGGUAGAUCUAGAUGUGUUUUGGGAUGGGCUUCUCGAGAGACUUCCUGUCCUCAGUGCCUUAGCCAAACGAUACAAGGAUGUCAUCGUGAACUCAGCAGAUGCUGAAAGAAGCAACAGCCUUUACAAGCUUGUGCUAUCAAGCAGAAGAAGAUCAAUCACUAACAGCAACCUCAAAGCCUUGGUCUUCUUGUACCACAAUCAGCGACUCACUAGUGGAGUGUUUGAGAGGGAUGAGCUCAAGAUCGAUUGUGGGCCCGACUCUGAGGAUGAAGUGGAGGACAGCUUGGAUACUUAGGAAGUUAGCGUUGAAGAAUGAACUUGUCUUACCAUUCUAAUGAAUGAUUUGAUUGUUGACGUGUUUUAGUCUGCAUUUCAUAUGCUAUGUUGGAAGAACAUCCAGUUGGUUCAUAUUUGUUCACACUGGACAAUGUCAAGUUGAAUUUAAAAGAAAUGGGCUUUUUUAUUUAAUGAAACAAUUUAUUUUAUUACAAGAUUAUUCUUUUUGAAACUUCUGUUAUGCGCAUUAAUUGUCAGGGCUGAAAAUAGCCUUUGCACUUUAUUCUAAUGCAACUGAUUCACUGCAUUUCAUAUUUUAUGUUGGAGGAACAUCCAGUUGGUUCAUACUUGUUUACACUGGGCAAUGUCAAGUUGAAUUGAAAAGAAAUGGGCUUAUAUUUUUUGCCCAUGAGUUGUCAGGGUUGAAAAAUAGCCUUUGCACUUUAUUCUGAUGAGCAAAUAAAACAUGUUUUGCCAGAAUUUUUGAAUUCCUGUGCUUUGGGGGAGUAAGCUUGCAAAGAACACUUAAAAAAUUCAUAACAUGUUUGUGAAAUCAUAAGGUAAUGCAAUGCUGUUGAGAAAAAUCUGUCUAAAAAAUCGCAACUUUUCCCGCAACUUUUUUUAAAAAUCUGCCGCAAAAUCUGGCAUUUUAGGCCGCAACAAUCACAAAAAAUCCCGCGAAAUCCUGGAGG